AUGUUUUCAUCCGGGGAAACCUCAAUUUACCCCAUCUGGAGCGUUAACCACGCACGCUUCCAGGUCGGCCUCACCAUUGCUUUCUCCAUCCUCUACGACCUCUAUUGGUCUCCACUCAGCAACUUCCCGGGCCCAAAGCUCUGGGCCAUCUCCCGCAUUCCCUUGCAGAUUUCUGUCAUCCGGGGCAGAGUUCAUCUAGACGUCUACCAGAUGUUUCAGAAGUAUGGUCCCGUCGUCCGUAUUAGUCCAGAUGAGCUUGCUUUCGGUACCGCGCGUUCUGUUCGCGAUAUCUACGGCCAAAGACCCGGCGGCUGCUUCGCAAAGGACAUGUCCCACUACUUCACGCCGCCAAAUGGCACGCACCAUAUCGUCAGCACACCCGACGACAAUGUGCACGCGCGACACAAGCGUCUUCUCGCGCCUGCUUUCUCGGAAAGGGCGCUUCGAGACCAGGAAUAUCUUAUUCAGGGCUACGUCGAUACCCUGAUCUGCAGGCUGCGGGAGCAGAUCGACGUGGGAGAUGACACCUCAUCGCAGCAACAUCCCGUUGAUAUCAAGGAUUGGCUGAACUACACAACCUUUGAUAUCACCGGGGAUCUGAUGUUUGGCGAGUCGUUUGAUUGUCUGAAACAUACUCGGCUGCAUCCGUGGAUCGAUCUACUCGUCAAGUCAAUCAGGGCUCUUUCCAUCGCUGGCGUUGCGAUGCAGUUCCCAGUUCUGCGAAGGAUGCUUGACUUGUGUAUGCCGUCGAAGUUCCAGAAGGAAGCGGAAGAUCAUUUCAAUCUUACUGCCAAGAAGGUGGAUCGUCGGUUAGAAGCUAACAUCUCGAGACCCGAUUUCAUCUCUGCUAUUCUGCAGAAUGGGCUGAGCGAGAAGAAGGGCCCGUACACUGAUGGGGAGAAAAUCAUGAGUCGGGCGGAAAUCCACUCGAAUGCAUUCAUCCUCAUCAUCGCAGGCAGCGAGACCUCGGCUACGUGCCUGACUGGUUGCAUCUAUUACCUGUGCAUGAAUCCACAAACCAUGACUAGACUCGCAGACGAGAUUCGCUCUUCCUUUAAGAGUGAAACAGAGAUGACAUUCCGGACAAUUGCCACGCUGAAAUAUCUCUCUGCCGUCAUCGAAGAAGGACUACGCAUGUACCCGCCCCUCGUAACAAGUCUAUCUCGCAUUGUCCCGAAUGGCGGGGCCCAUGUUGACGGGCAUUACGUGCCGGAAGGUUCCAAGGUUGCAUUCCACCACUUCGCCUCGUACCGCUCAGCUUCGAAUUUUGCCUUGCCCGAUGAAUUCAUCCCUGAAAGAUGGCUCGGAACCGACGUCCGUUUUCACGGGGAUAACAAAGAUGUUCUGAACCCAUUCAGUUACGGCCCACGCGUGUGCCUGGGCAAAGGUCUCGCCUAUGCGGAAAUGCGACUCAUUCUCUGCAAGUUACUCUGGCACUUCGAUAUCAAUCUGUGCCCGGGAAUCGAACAUGGUACCUGGCCCGACCAGGAUGUUUAUUUCUUCUGGGCCAAACCACCUCUCUUGGUGACUUUGCGCGAUCGAUCUGUUGAAGAUAGUCUUGCUGCUAAGUAA